AUGGCCGACAAUGUUCUGACAAAUGCGCGGUCCAAUGAGAUGGACGAUGAUUUCGACCUCAGUCUAUUCCUUUCUGACGAAGCGUUUUCCGAUAUGUUUCCCAAAGACUCGAGAAACCCCGACGAUGCAGUGAAUGGAACACAAUCUGAGGACGGACGGAUAUCUGCAUCUUCAAGCGUGUCUGGUGGUGUCCCACUCUUCGACGAACGUGAGCCACCGCAAGACACGCCGAAUGCCACGGAGGGCGGAACGAAAGUGGGCAGUCGCUUCACAUCAGCAAACAUCAGAGUCCUGAAAACAUGGUUCGAAAACCACGAGCGGCAUCCGUAUCCGACCCCGGAUCAGGCCGAGCGAUUACUGAAGCAAACAGGGUUGAGCAAGCAGCAACUAAUAAACUGGUUCGCCAAUACUCGUCGGCGCAGGAAGAUUCGCCCAGGCGGGGCCUCCACACCGGCCCGGACCGAGGCUGGUUCUAGUCCCAUAGACGUGCCCGUUCGACGACCGACGCCCAUGGCAUUCGAGCAAAUGAACCCGAUGCAACGAUGGGAGCACUCUCCACCAGAUAGCGAGCCUGCUUCAGCUGCCGAUAUUUCUCGCGCAGUCGCUGCGUCAUCAAAGCGUCCGGGACUCUUGGGCCGCUCUCGGUCUUCGGCAGGAUCUUGGGAGAACGCCUCGAGCAUUAGUAGCGUUGGCACAUCUCAGUCAAGUGGAGGGUCGCAUUCCAAUGCUUCGGCACACUCCCAUGGCUCUAGAAAAUCUCCGACCCCUAUGGAGGCACUCCGCAAGGACUCGAAUCGUCGGAGAAGACGAGCAAUGCUAAAAGAACGAAGGGGGAACAGGUUGAGCCUUCGACAGAUCAAUACCUACCAAUGCACCUUCUGCGCCGAAACCUUCAAGACAAAGUACGACUGGCAAAGACACGAAAAGUCCCUUCACCUCUCACUUGAGGAAUGGGUGUGUUCUCCGCACGGGUCGACCACACAACACCCUGAGAAAGGGGUGAUUUGCGUCUUCUGCGACGAGGCCAACCCGACCCAACAGCACCUCGACGACCACCACCAAGCAGCCUGCUCGGAACGACCGGUCAAAGAGCGUACGUACUACCGAAAAGACCAUCUCCGGCAGCAUUUGAAACUUGUACACAAGACAAGUAAGAUGUCUAAAACCGCAGAGACUUGGAAGGUUACCACGGACAAGAUUCGGUCAAGAUGUGGCUUCUGUGGAACCACCUUUGAUUCAUGGGCGACGCGUGGGGACCACAUUGCGGAUCACUAUCGAGACGACGGGAACACUAUGUCAAAUUGGAAAGGGGAUUGGGGUUUUGAGCCCCAAAUACUCGCAAAAGUCGAUAAUGCGGUGCCUCCUUGUAAGUGA